AAUAACAGGGCGUGGUUUGUCAAGUAUGUAGGUAUUGUAGCAUAUUAUAUUAUCCCUCCAUCAUAUUAUAUUAUGUACUUCGCCAUCUGCACAUAAUUCGUAUUGAUAUACUACGAUUCUAUUAUUUAUGUUACAUUCAGUUUUAUGUUAAAAUAUUCGGGUUUUUUUUUUUUUUUUUUUGUGUGUUUUGAGAGGAGAGUGAUCCAGUUUUAUAAUUUGUUGCUGUCGCACACAAUAAAUAAAAUAAAUACUUACGACCACAAAAUGGCAGAUUUAACGGAAAACAUAAGCCCCGUUUUAAACAAGGAUCAGGUUGAGGACAUUUUGAAAAACGAUUACGGUUUUAUCAAUGGAAAACUCCAAGAAUUAGACGGUUACGAUGAUAAAAACUAUCACAUAACAGAAGUCAAAAAAUGUAUUGAAGAAAUUGAAUUUCCAACAGAUGGAAUUGUCAUAAAAUUUAUAAAUUCAAUUGACUCAAAGAAUUUAUUAUUUCUCGAUGCACAAACAAAACUUACUCAAUAUCUAGAUCAUUCUGGAAUAUUCUGUCCAAUAUCUGUGCUCAAUAAAUAUGGUGAAAGUUAUCGGUCUCUCUUUAUUAAUGGCAAAACACAUGCAGUCAGAGUCAACAAAUAUAUUAAAGGCGAAACUAUGAAUAAAGUUAAAAUCAAUUCUGAAAUAUCAACCAAUUUUGGUUUAUAUGUUGGUCAUUUAACUUCAAUUUUAAAGAAAUUUGAUCAUGAUGGAUUCCAUAGAAAUCAUUUGUGGGCUUUAGAAAAAUGUCCAGAAGUUUUAAAAUUUGUAGACGUUUUUGAUCAAGAAAAGCAGCGACAAACUAUAAUAACUAUUAUCAAUAAAUUUCAGUUUGAUGUUUUGUUCAAUGCUGAUCAACUUGAAAAAAGUGUUAUUCAUGGUGAUCUUAAUAUGAAUAAUAUGAUCAUAAAAGACAACAAAAUACUUGGUGUUAUAGACGUAGGUGAUGUUGUCUAUUCAUUCACAAUUUUUGAUUUCGCUAUUGCGUUAUGUUAUCUAAUUUUGCAUGAAUUUAAUGACAAUAAUGCAAAAUUAUCUGAUGUACAAAUUAAGAAUUUUGUUGAAGCCUAUGAAAAACAGUACAGAAUUUUAAAUGAUUUUGAAAUUUCAAUUAUACAUACUUGUGUGUGUGCCAGAAUUUGUCAAAGUUUGGUUUUAGGUAAAAAAUCAAGUCUAAGAGAUUUAUCGAACAAUUAUAUACUAUCUACACAGAAAAUUGGGUGGAGAGCAUUAGAAGAAUUAAUUAACAUCAAAGAAGAUAAAUUUAAUAUGUUACUGAAACAUUAGUUUUAGGAAUUAAAUUUUAAUAAUGUUUACCAUUAUUAUUGAUUUUAGUUUUAUGUUAAGCAUAAAAACUUUAUAGGUUAACCUAUUACCUGAUAUUUAAUACUUAUGGUACUAUAUAAAUUUAAAAAUAUAUAAUAUUAUGAAUACUGCACAAUGUAUAGAAUGCAUGUAUGUAAUUAGUAAUAAGCUAAUACUAGUAAUACUGCUAAUCCUUUUGUAUGUAACAGGUACAGGACCGUAUUUACGCCUAGGCUGGAAAAUUUUGUAAGAAAUAGAAAAAAAUUCAUAUAAAUAUUAACUACAUUUUUUUUUCUUGGAGUAGGGGCGGCAUCUGUUCUAAACCUGGCACUGAACAGGUACCUAUAUAUAUAUCAAUUAUUAUUUUAUAUCUUAUCUAAUAUUUAAUGUAUAUAAUUUAAAAAAAUCUACAAACUAUAUUUGUAUGUUUGUAUUAUUAUUUACUACAUAUCCUGUUAUCAUAGUAUGUAUAUUAAUUAUUAAUAAUUAUAAUACUAUUAUUUUUAUGAUUGUAAAUUUAUCACUUAUAAUAUACAUGGAUAUUGGAUAUACA